UUCAACAAGAACAGCCAGGAAGUACUUAACCGUGAAUCAAAUUCCCAUUUCUUCUUAACCAUACCCUUCUAAUCCUUGUUUACCUUGUUCCUCCCCCCCCCCCCCCCAACCAAAUGGACCCAGUCAUGUCUAUGAAUAUUAAGCUUCUCCAUGUCUAUGGAUAUACUAGCUCUUUCCACGGAUGAGCGUCUACUUGCUGUUUGUGUCGCCGACAUUAUAUUUAUAUUUGAUGGUCCAGAAUAUGGAACCUAGGUGUUCGAUUCCGUUGCCUCAGGCAGGCUUUAUUAAGGACAUCGUAUGGCGAAGGGCGGCUAAAUAUAAUUUCCUUGUCCUUACAAAGGACGGAAAAUUAUUCCAUGGAAAAUUUCCUGACCCCUCUCUCACAGAACUAAUGGAUGGCAUUGACGCAGUGGAAUCGAGCGACAUAGGCGACAUUGUGGUUGCAAAACAAAACAAGAUCACUGUUUUCUCAUCGGAUUUAAAUGAGAACAUCCGAGUUGUGGCUUGGGGCAAAAUUUUAACGUUGGGGAGCCCGUUGAUAAUUAUUGGGAUUGCAAGAUAAAAGGUAGUUUUAUUAUUCUGUUAAUCUUAGGUUUCUUUUUCAUCAGACUUCCACAUAUGUUUUUUCAUCCAACGCCACCUUGCUUCAACAACAGUUGUGAUAGUUGCCAUCACUUGUCUCAUUUUUGUUCUUCACUGCCUUACACCCUCACAUCAUAUGUUGAUUUUUAACUAA